ACCAGAUAAAGGGAGGUGGGGAGUGGUAGGCGGUGGUGCUGGAGAGUUGGACAAGACAUCCUCUUCAUUCUUUACACAGAUUUUGAGGUUUGAGGUCUUUUUUGUGUUCUUUAACAGUGCUUUCAAUUUGGAUUACGAAGCAUCUUUUGAACUAAGAAAACUAGAGGCAACCCAGGAAGAGGAAUACAAGACCAGGAAUGACAGUAAGCCUCAGAUAUACUGUAGAGAAAAGGAAGAGGAACAAAAUGAUGUACAAAGCAGUUCAUAGAUUUGCUUCAGGCUUCAUGCUGUAGGCUAUGGGAAGACUAUGAUAACCAACGAGUCAUUGAAACUCACUCAUACGACCACACGUUAUCAUUGACUCAGUGAAUAAGGUAAACCGUUUAAUAGUCACUGUGCUCUCUGCCACACAAAAUUAAUAUUGUAAAGACGUAGGUGAUAUAUAGAUAUACAUACAGUAUAUACACAUAUAAAGUCCAGCAGACACACAUACAUUUACACACGGACAAAUACAUAGACUGAAAGAACAUAAAGAACCAACACCCACACAAACUCCCAGAGGCAGCCAUGAGGGUUGUAUUGGUGCUAGGAGGCCUAACUAUCCUGGUCUCUAUGGGCCUGGCGCUGAUCGUCUUUGGCCAGCACCUGACAGAAGCCAAGCUGACCCUGCAGAACCUGCAUCUGGAUCAGAUGCAGCGGACGCGCGUCAACCAACUCAAGGAGAGGCAGUGGCUGGAAAACCUGCUGAAGGGGCAGCUAGACUGGAAGAAGAAGAAUGUGGAGGAGAUGGAGGCAGAGGUGAACAAACUGACCGAAGAGGAGGGGAAGAAGAAGACUGAGGUCGAGGCCUGCCAGGCAGACAAGAAACAAAAGGAGGAAGAACUUGCACCCAUACAGAAGGAGCAGAGUGAUAUUGAAGCGACGUUCAAAACUGAAAAGGAGGCUUGGACUGGGGAGAUCACCACUCUCAAACUGCAGUUGGAGCAGAGUAGCAAAGUGUGUGGUUUUGUAAAGGACUCAACAGAUACAGCGAAAUUAUGUCCACCCAAAGAAGGAGCAGCAAAACCUGAAGCGGCCCCUGUACAAGCUGAAGCGGCCCCUGUAAAAGCUGAAGCGGCCCCUGUACAAGCUGAAGCGGCCCCUGUAAAAGCUGAAGCGGCCCCUGUACAAGCUGAAGCGGCCCCUGUAAAAGCUGAAGCGGCCCCUGUAAAAGCUGAAGCAGCCCCUGUAAAAGCUGAAGCAGCCCCUGUAAAAGCUGAAGAGGCCGCUGUACAAGGUGAACCUGCAUCUGUAAAAGCUGAAGCAGCCCCUGUAAAAGCCGAAGAGGUCCCUGCACAAGCUGAAGCGGCCCCUGCUCCAAAGCAGUAAACGUCUCCAAAGAUACGGUGACAUUAUGCAUCACAAUAGUAAUUAUAUUACUAUUCAUUCGUGAUGCUCACUCAUAUUUAUGUUGUUUGUUUGUGGGUAAUCUUGUGGGUAAUCUUGUGGGUAAUCUUGGCAACCCAAUGUAAAUUACACCAUUUAUGUUAUAUAGUCUGUCCACAAGAGAUUAGGCUGUGGGCAUUGUCAAUGUGUCAGUUUGGCACACUAUGUCAAUGUGCCUAAAGUAAUUAGGUGCUGUUCGUUUUCAAAAACGUUUAAUAUCUUAUCAGUUUUUAAAUAAACGUUUUUUGUUUUUAAUUUCCAUUUUUAUAAAGCCUUUUAGUUAGGCACAGAAAACACGGAAAGAGAAAACACUGCUUUUCCCUGUUGGUGGUUCAUGUGAUGAAGAGGGUGGAACUCCUAUCAAACCUGCACAGUUCAAUACCAAUAUAACUUAGACCAUUAAAGUUUUAAUGUAGCUUACCUUAUCAUCAUCAUCAUUGACUGCCAGGGUAAAACAUAAUAUUGUAAAGCUGUUGGGUGUAAUCUGCCAGGUUAAAAUGGAGCCAGCUGGUGGAUGAGUAAUAUGUAAACAUAGGGUGACAGUGAGCAGCGAGCAAAAUGACCAUAGACGAGAUGUUGACAAUGGCUUAUUAAUAGGCAUAAAUACAUAGUAUUUCUAUGAUUGCAGUCCUCAAAGAUUGAAUUGCAAUGAAUCAAAUGAAUCAGAUUCAAUGGUUUACCGCCCAUAGGGCGGGUGCAGUUUUUUUGUGCUUUGGAAUGUUCGGUAUUCCUGGGAUACCAUGCUGUCACCAUGUAAAUUAUAUAAAAACAUUUAUAAAACGGG